UCACAGAAUAAAUCAUGAUAAAUCAAUACGGAAACUAUUCCGAUCUGCCGAAAGGGAUUCCUCUGACAAAUCUUGCGCGGUUUGCUUUGGUUAGGCUAAGUUUAUAUCGUCCCCGCGAUCUUGGUCCACAUUCCGGCUCCGCGAACUAUCAAUAAUCGGCGAGCCACGAACCCCGCCCAUGUAUCAACAAGACUGAAGCCGCUCCCAAAACCUCCAAGUUCAUUAUACAUUUGGUAGGGUCAUAUCAAAAUAAUAUCUAGCUCGCUAGCCAUAGUGAAAAUGUCUGUAGAAACUUUGACGACGAUUUCCCCGAUCACCAACGAUCCUAUCCUCACCCGCCCAGGGGUAUCUCAACAAGAGCUUACCUCAUUGCCCCAAAAGGGGCAGGAUGCCUUCCGUUCCUUUUCACGGUCAACUACCCUAGGUCAGCGCCAGGAAAUCGUUGCCCGCGCUCUUGGACUUCUUUCCAAGAAGAAGGAUAUCCUAGCUCGCGAGGUGACGGAGCAAAUGGGACGCCCGAUCGCAUACACAGGCGGCGAGAUUGCAACAGCGAUAAAACGAGGCGAGUACUUGAAUCGUAUUUCUUCCACUGUGUUAGGAGACGAAGGGACCAUAGAUACGGAGGCUGAGGCUGGGUUUAAAAGAUAUAUUAAGAAAGAGCCGGUUGGGGUUGUGCUAAUCAUCUUUCCAUGGAACUACCCGUACCUGGUCCUCGUCAACAGCCUGGUUCCCGCCCUCCUUGCCGGAAACGCCGUUAUUUUGAAACCCUCACCACAAACGCCAACAGUGGUGGAACAAAUCGCUUCCAUUUUCAAUGAAGCUGGUUUACCACAAGAUGUUCUACAAUAUUUCCACUGCGGUUCUCCUACCGACAUUGAAUCAAUUGUUCGGUCACCUCUCAUCAACCACGUCUGCUUCACGGGGUCUGUCGCCGGGGGUCUAGCUGUCCAGAAGGCGGCUGUAGACAGGAUUGUGAACGUUGGCUUGGAGCUUGGUGGAAACGACCCAGCAUAUGUCCGCAGUGAUGUUGAUCUCGCAUGGGCAGCGGAAGAGAUUGUUGAUGGUGCGAUUUUCAACAGUGGCCAGAGCUGCUGUGCAAUCGAAAGAGUAUACGUUCACGAGACCAUCCACGAUGCGUUCGUCCAAGAGGCCAAGAAAGUCCUAAGCAAAUACCGUGUGGGCGAUCCGUUUGACGAGAAGACACAGAUCGGUCCGGUAAUCUCGAAACGAGCGAAGGAGGCCAUUUUAGCCCAGAUUGACGAUGCCCUCAAAAAGGGGGCAGUGGAUGAAACGCCUUCGAACUCGACGUUUGACAACCUUCCCAAGGCUGGAAACUUUGUCAAGCCCACCCUGUUAACCGGUGUGAACCACAACAUGCAAGUGAUGGCGGAAGAAACUUUUGGGCCAGUUAUACCUGUCACAAAAGUCAGGGAUGACGCUGAGGCGAUCCGGUUAAUGAAUCAAAGCGAUCUGGGCCUGACGGCGAGUGUUUGGACAAAAGACGUUGCUAAAGCCGAAGAAUUGAUCCAGCAGAUCGAAGCAGGAACUGUCUUCGUCAACAGAGCAGAUUACCCGAGUCCUGACCUUGCAUGGACGGGAUGGAAAAACUCUGGGCGCGGUGUGACAUUGAGCAGGUUCGGCUUUGAUCAAUUUGUCAAGUUGAAGAGUUUCCAUCUCAAGGACUACCCAAAAUAACUGCUUCCCUUUUAUCAUCCUAGCAAUAGAUUCAUGUUUCACUAACCCAAAACAUUUCUAAUGGAAUUAACCAACUAUGGUGAAUGUAAUAUGCGGCAUAGGAACACUGGUGAUAGGAAGCUAUUUUUGGAAUGUACAUGUACAUGUACAUUACAUGUGUAUGUAUGCUUUUAGCGCCAAGCAGGCUUUCCAAAGAAUACCCCCUUUCAGUUACGGAGCACCUGUGCAUUGUGCAUGCAUGCAUGAAUGCACCACUCUACGAGUUGCAUAAAAACCCGUUCGCAGUGUUAAUGAUCGGUUUCGUGGCAAACGUGGGGUGAAUCCAUCUCCAAAAAUCCACUCGCUCUGUGCGUGAAAACUUGGUGUGCAAACAGCUCUUAUUCGGAGGCAUGUUAACUGGUUUUGAAAGAUGGUAGGUUUAAAAUCGUAGAUGAACAUUCUCCUCCAUAUGACUCGUACUAUUCUUUAAUAAAGUCGGUUAUCUGGCUCCUUCACUUUAGUCUCGAUAUCUCAACUGUUCCGUGAAAGAGGAAUGAAGGUUGAUCUAUUGUCCUAAAUUCUAGAAGUUGAUAUAGAUUAUAUCCGCAAGUUCCUAUAUCAUUUCGCCAACAUCAGUGAUUUUGUGUUGAGAUAUCAUUCUGAGUCAAAUAACGGAAGGGGGCAAUGCCACAUCUAUCAACUUCCUAGAGCUAACAUUUAUGGCCUGUAAGCUGGUAACCACAUCAUGUUUCGAAGCUCGAAAGGUAUCUAGUCACUCAACUGGCCGAGCCUGCCGGCCUCAGUUUAAUAGUCUGGGUCGCAGCAGUCUAUUUUUUGGCAAUGACAUCCCACAGGGCACGGGCAUUUUUCAUGGCCACGUUGAUAGGGUACCUCCUGCAUCGCUUUACUUCAAUUGAAAUUCAGGACUAAAGCUUUUGGCAGGAUAGGCGAAGGGCUUUGGCGAGCUCUCGAAGGGUCGAAUUCAGUUAAGCAGCAUAUUAGCUUAUGGCAAGAUUAUCAAACCACCAGCCAACCUAGAAGGUCUGUCUGACGAUAAAUUUGAGAAUAACGAGAACGCAUGCCGAGGGGAGGGAGAAAGACGAAUGGCAGACAUAACCAGACAACAAAACUAGAGUUGUUAUGUUAGGAGAAUGACGCGAGUGCUUGGUGCAAGUAUUCCCGGUGCGGUGAGAAUACCCCCAUGACAACAGUUGUCUGGAGUUGCUUGCGUUUAGUAGACCUGGGUGGCCUGGAAUCUUGGCCAACUGGGGUAUGCUUGAGACGGAAACCACUCGAUAUAUAAUCUGAGAACCAGGUACUCUGUAAUCCGUACUCUGUAUAACAUAUCUGCGCCAGAAUCUGACAUUUCCCCUUGAUAACAGCGCUACAAUCUCGGUCCCCGCCGCUUAGUUAGUGCCCUAUUUGCUGACAGUCCACUAAACAGCGGCUAA